AUGGGUGACUCAAAUGAUAGUUGGAUAUGGUGUGCAAAAACAGGAGAUUUUCAAACAUUUCAAGCAAUGCUGAAACAUUCGCCAGAAAAAGUCAACGAACAAAUGAACGGUCGAUAUUUAAUACAUUAUGCAGCCGAUAGUGGAAAUUUUGAUAUAUUACAAGAAUUAAUAAAAAAUGGUGCAAAUAUAAAUAUAAAAGACAAAUUUGGUAUAACUCCACUCUUAGCCGCUAUUUACGAGAGUCAUGCAUCAUGCGUCAGGCGCUCAACUGGAAACCUGGCAGUUCAAGCUGAUGUUGGCAUUCGUUGGGAUGUUGAUCGUCAGUCACCAAUUAAAUCUACCUCCUCUCUUUGUCCGCAACAUCACGGAUCAAGUUUUUCCUCAAUUUCUGAAGAUAAAGGCUUUCAUGACUCUACAAGUCAUUUAUCCGAAAGUGAAUCGUAUACAUCUGAUUUUCUACUUGGUUCAACAACUUCUCAUUCAAACUUAACAUCACCGACGCCAUCCACAAAUGUAGAAGAUAUUAAAUUCGAGCUACCACAAGAAGAUCAGAAACUUUUAACAGAGGAAGAUUAUCGUUUAGCAACACAAAUUACCGAUGAAGAAAAAAAGCAGUUUUGUUCCGAUAUGUGUCUAGUGUUUCAUGCAGAAUUUCAAGCAACAUUUGGAAGAUAUUUUGAUCCAGACACAUGGAUUUUAUUACCAAUUUCAUAUGAUGGUUCACUAAAAUUACCCACAGAAUGUGAUUGUGAUGUUGAAAUAGCCAAAGUUCGAUUUGAAUGUGAACAGUGUGGACAUUGUUGGACAUCUAUGCGGGGACAGGUGUCAUUUUUUUAUUUGUUCGACAAAUCUACAGGACAAGGAUUACUGUAUUUUAAAUUAUUUCAUCAAAAUUGUGAUCAAUGUUAUCAUACAAACGAUCCACUUUGGUAUCCAGAAGAAGUUUGUCGUGUAUUACGUAACGUAUUUGUUAUUAUAUCAAAAAAAUAUUAUCCUCAAUUAUCUGUACCAGAAGUACAAUCAAAUCAUUAUCGUCGUUUUGGUCAACCAAAAGGACAACAUCACGGUUGUGAGUCUUGUCGUGACGGUGUAUGCAAUGCUGAUGUCAAUGGCAAAUCCCCUGAUGAUCAAUCGUAUGAAGAUUGUGCAACAGACGAUGAAAUUCGUUUAAUGGUAUCAAAAGCUAAGAAGAAAAAAUAG